UGCUGAACGAAAAGCCAAAGGUCAACCUAAGAUACGCGCCAUUUUGAAAUGUUCUAGGAAGGUUUUUGUCACGAUCGCUUUUUGUUGGCCUGUGUGUUUUCCUGUGCUGAUUUUCAUGGGACCGAUCCGUGCUGAGGUAUAAAGGAAGAUGCCAGAGAUACAACUGCAGAAAGUUGUUUCUUUCAGUAGUGAAGACAAGACCCACACAGCAGAAAACCUGCUGAAGUCAGAGACUUACAGGAAGUGGAAAAGUGCUGCAACUGGGGAGAAACAGGUCACUGCUAUCAUACAGUUUGAUGAGCCAGCCCAGAUCCACUCUAUUGACAUAGGAAAUGAGAACUCAGCCUUUGUGGAGAUCCUGGUUGGGAGGGCAUCAGCCCAGUCAGACCAAGACUACCAGGUUCUCCUAGUUGCCUCCUCCUUCAUGUCCCCUGCGGAGAGUAAGCAGGGUAACAACCCCCACAGGGUGCGCAUGUUUGGGAGUGACAAACUGUCCAGCUCUGUCAAGGACCAGAAGUGGGACCGAGUCAAGAUCGUCUGCACUCAGCCCUUCAACAAGAAUGUACAGUAUGGACUGUCCUUCAUCAAGUUCCACUCCCCUCCCUCUGGGUCUCCACAGGCCAAGAAAACCACAACACCUAAAAAGCUGGGAAAGUUUGCUCUGAAGGAGGAUGAUGAUGACGAAGACAAGGUCACCAUUGGGAGUUUCUUCUCUAAAAAGGGGAAGACUGAGCAAAAACCUCUAACAGGUGCAGCAGCUGUAAGGGCUGCCUCGUCUGCAGCUGCUGUUGCCACGGCAACCACCGCGUCUCCCCGACCUGCAGCAAAAGUGACAUCGCCAUCCAGUCAGAGCACCAAGAGGAAGCUGACUCAUGAUGAUGAUGAUGAUGACAAGCCUCCCUUGAGAAAACACCAGUCCACACCCAGCCAGGGUGCCUCUCCACCUCCUAUGAAAAAAACAAAGUCCGACGUGUCCGUAUCUGCCAGCAAACAGCCGGCCAGUAAAGCCCCUCCCACCAGGACCCCUCCCGCAGGGCGACAACAGAAGAGAACAGCCGCAGCCAAGCCUAGGAGGCUACAGGAAGAGGAGGAGGAAGAGGAGAGAGAUUUCGGUUCUCUGAUGGAGGAUGUGGUGUUUGUGUUGAGUGGAUAUGUCAACCCACAGAGAGCUAGUCUGAGGGACAAGGCUAUGGAGAUGGGAGCAGCGUACAAGCCUGACUGGGACCCUACAUGCACACAUCUUGUAUGUGCCUUUCGGAACACUCCCAAGUAUGUACAGGUGCAGAAGAAGGGAGGGAAGAUUGUCAGCCACAAGUGGAUCAAAAGCUGCUACAAGAAGGGCGUGCUGCUGUCCUGGAAAAGGUUCAGAUUGGAUGACGAUGAGUCUUCCUCAGAAGAGGAAGAAGAUGACCCUCCACCCAAGCCUAAACCCAAACCCAGAACCACCCCUGCCAAGCCAGCUGCCACCGGUAGCUCCAAGGGUGCCAGCCCAUCGAAGACCACCGUGACUGCAAAAGCAUCUCCAGCCAAGAAGGCCUCUCCUGCCAAGGCCGUCAAGAAUGAUGAUGAUGCUUACGGAGACAGCACAGAUGUGGACAGUGAUGCUGGGCCCUCACCAACUAAGAGAAGAAAAGUUGAGGAUACCUCAGGAGAUGAUACAGAGGAAGAGAUCAGAAGGAUACAGGAACAGAAUAAGAAGACAGAGGAGGAAGACCAGUAUGGAGGGUCGACUGAUGAGGAGCCUGAGCACACCACACCAAAGAAGAGCCCCGCCAAAAGUCCCCAGAAACAGAACCACAGGAAGGGCGAUGCCGACGACUUGCCACUUCCAGACCUCCCCGACUUCUUUACCGGGAAGAACUUCUUCCUGUACGGGGAUUUCCCGGCCUCGGAGAGGAGACUAGUGCUCAGAUACAUAUCAGCCUUCAAUGGGAGUAUGGAAGACUACAUGAGUGACAAGGUGACCCAUGUCAUCACUAAUGAAGACUGGGACGACAACUUUGAAGAGGCUCUGUCUGACAACUGUGAGCUGACGUUUGUGAGGCCUCAGUGGGUGUACAAGUGCAGUGAGAAGGGAAAGAUGGUUCCCCAUCAGCCUUACAUUGUUGUUCCAAAGUCCUGAACUCAUGAUUCAAGAAGCAUGCUGCCUAACUUCUGAACCAAUACAAAUUUUUUUUGCCAGAUGGCAACCUUAGAAUGAUGAUGGUUAAUACCUUUACUAUCAAGACAAGAUUAUGCACAAAUGGAAAUAUUUGGUAUCAUGUCCCUGUGUUGACGGUGAACAAGAC